GUGCAAUGUCCCUUUCGGCAAAGGGGGUUCGCUGUCCCCGGUAUCCCUCACUCACGGGGCCCUGCGUGCCACUCCCUGGCUCGCCUAGUGGUCCUUCCGAGCUGGGUCGGCUGCCCCGCGCCCACACUGCGCACCAAAGCCCGCCUAGCGCUAACUAAUGUUUAACUCGGGCCGAAACUUGGCGGCGAGCUCAGGGUGACUGCGUGCAGAGCAGCGGCGGCGCAGGACGUCCUUCUCCGCGCGGUGACUUCUGCCUGCGCUCAAGCUUCAGAGUUCAGUUUCAAGGAGCCGCCGACCAUGAAGACACCGUGGAAGGUUCUUCUGGGACUGCUUGGUGUCGCUGCGCUUGUCACCAUCAUCACCGUGCCAGUGGUUCUGCUGAACAAAGAUGAAGCGGCAGCUGACAGCCGCAGAACGUACUCACUAGCCGACUAUUUAAAGAGUACCCUUCGGGUCAAGUCCUACUCCUUGUGGUGGGUUUCAGAUUUUGAAUACCUCUACAAACAAGAGAACAAUAUCUUGCUGUUCAAUGCUGAACAUGGAAACAGCUCCAUUUUCUUGGAGAACAGUACCUUUGAAGGCUUUGGAUACCAUUCAGUAUCACCUGAUCGACUGUUUGCUCUCUUGGAAUACAACUACGUGAAGCAAUGGAGACAUUCCUACACAGCUUCCUACAGCAUUUAUGACUUGAAUAAAAGACAGGUGAUCACAGAAGAGAAGAUUCCAAAUAACACACAGUGGAUCACAUGGUCACCAGAAGGUCAUAAGUUGGCAUAUGUCUGGAAGAAUGAUAUUUACGUUAAAAUUGAACCACAUUUACCUAGUCUUAGGAUCACAUCGACAGGAGAAGAAAAUGUAAUAUAUAAUGGAAUUAAUGACUGGGUUUAUGAAGAGGAAAUCUUCGGUGCCUACUCUGCACUGUGGUGGUCUCCAAACAACACUUUUCUAGCUUAUGCCCAGUUUAAUGACACAGGAGUGCCACUCAUUGAAUACUCCUUCUAUUCCGAUGAGUCACUGCAGUACCCCAAGACAGUGUGGAUUCCAUACCCAAAGGCAGGAGCUGUGAAUCCAACUGUAAAGUUCUUUAUUGUAAAUAUAGACGCUCUCAGCUCAGACACUAGUGCGGCUUCCAUCCAAAUCCCUGCUCCUGCAUCUGUGGCAACAGGGGAUCACUAUUUAUGUGAUGUGGUGUGGGCUACAGAAGAAAGAAUAUCAUCUCAGUGGCUCAGGAGGAUUCAGAACUAUUCUGUGAUGGCUAUCUGUGACUAUGAUAAGACCAACCAAAUAUGGAACUGUCCGUCGGAGCAGCAGCACAUUGAAAUGAGUACCACGGGCUGGGUCGGAAGAUUUAGGCCUGCAGAACCCCAUUUCACCUCCGAUGGAAGCAGCUUCUAUAAGAUCAUCAGCGACAGAGAUGGCUACAAACACAUCUGCCACUUCCCGAAAGAUAAGAAAGACUGUACAUUUAUUACAAAAGGAGCCUGGGAAGUCAUUAGUAUCGAAGCUCUGACCAGCGAUUAUCUAUACUACAUUAGUAACCAACAUAAAGAAAUGCCAGGAGGAAGAAAUCUUUAUAAAAUUCAACUUACUGACCACACAAAUGUGAAGUGCCUUAGUUGUGACCUGAAUCCAGAAAGAUGUCAGUAUUACGCGGCGUCAUUUAGUAAAGAGGCAAAGUACUAUCAGCUGGGAUGCUGGGGCCCCGGUCUGCCCCUCUACACUCUCCAUCGUAGCACGGAUCAUAAAGAGCUACGAGUCCUGGAAGACAAUUCUGCCUUGGAUAGAAUGCUGCAGGAUAUCCAGAUGCCUUCAAAAAAAUUGGACUUCAUUGUUUUGAAUGAAACAAGAUUUUGGUAUCAAAUGAUCUUGCCUCCUCAUUUUGAUAAAUCCAAGAAAUAUCCUCUACUAUUAGAUGUGCAAUUUGUAAAAAUGGGAUUUGUGGACAGCAAGCGAGUUGCAAUUUGGGGCUGGUCAUAUGGAGGGUAUGUAACCUCAAUGGUCCUGGGAUCGGGAAGUGGCGUGUUCAAGUGCGGAAUAGCUGUGGCACCUGUGUCACGGUGGGAGUACUAUGACUCAGUGUACACAGAGCGUUACAUGGGUCUCCCAACUCCAGAAGACAACCUUGACCAUUACAGGAACUCAACAGUCAUGAGCAGAGCUGAACAUUUUAAACAAGUUGAGUACCUCCUUAUUCAUGGAACGGCAGAUGAUAAUGUUCACUUUCAGCAGUCAGCUCAGAUCUCCAAAGCUCUGGUGGAUGCUGGCGUGGAUUUCCAAGCAAUGUGGUACACGGACGAAGACCAUGGGAUCGCCAGCAGCACGGCUCACCAGCACAUCUAUUCCCAUAUGAGCCAUUUCCUCCAGCAGUGCUUCUCCUUACACUAGCACAGCACAGCUCUCCGCAGCUUAUUUAAGACCACAUUUGUUCUCAUUAUCUCAAAAGUGCACUGUUAAGAUGAAGAUCUUAAUAAUGUUGCACUGAGACAUUUCAGACUGCUUUCUCCAGUUUUAUACCUGCAAUCCUAACGAAGGAUGCCCGUCUCCAGAACAGAUUAUUACCUUACAGCAAUUUGGAUUUUUUUCCCCUCUGUUUUGUUUAUCAUUUAAAAAUCAUUUCCACAUCAGCUGCUGAAACAACAAAUAUAAAUUAUUUUUGCAAGAACUAUGCAUAGAUUUCCUGAGCAGAAUUUCAAUUUUUUUUUUUUCCCUUACUAGACUGGUCCAAAUCUCGUUUCCCUUAUCUAAGUGGGUGACAAGAUGUGGGUAAUGAUGUCAUUAGGGCAGCAGCAAGAGAAGAGAGAGCAGGGAGUGUGGCUAGAAACCCAGGUCCAAGCAUACAAACCAACCAGGCUCCUGUCAGCUCGCCUCGAGAAGAGCUGCUCACUGCCAGACUGGCAGAGUUUUCCGAGAAAGACUAUUCAAACAGUCUCAGGAAAUCAUAUAUGCAAAGCACACUGACUUCUAAGUAAAACCACAGCAGUUGAAUAGACUCCAAAGAAAUGCAAGGGACGCUGCCAGCAAUGUAAGGGCCCCAGGUGCCAGUUAUGGCUAUAGGUGCUACACAAACACAGCAAGAGUGAUGAGAAAGCAUUGUAAAUGUGCUUUUGAAAAUCACCGAUGUUUCCUAGUGAAAAGAGGCAGCUUGGAGCAUAUCGACUUGCCCUGUUAAAAGUUGAAAAUAUUUGUGUCACAAAUUCUAACAUGAAGGAGUACUUGUGUUAGUUUUUCCUGCUUCAUUUCCUUGAGCAUUUUAAUUAAAAUAUUUUAACUUUAUUAGCUUUGUAGUGGAUAAUUAAAUGAGAAUGUUUUUGUGUUGUUAUUUCUAUUCUACACACUGGAACUUUGCCUGGUCAUUUAGUAAAUAUGCUUCCAUUUUUUCCAGAGGUAAUGGGUUAUGUCUUGAAUCAAACUUAAACUGCAUUGACAUAUGGACUCAUUUGUUCAAAGGUUCUUGUUUAACUUGUUAGACAUCCAAGACUGUCUUGUAAACAUGGAAGGAGUUCAGCUGUUUUUUUAAAAAAUUAGAUACAUAAAACUGUUUAAAGUUAAAUGAUUCAUAGGAGUUUAUCUAAUACCCCUUGAAAUGUCUAUUUUCACACUUAUCACAUAGCUUUGGAGAAAUCAAUUAACAAUAAUUUGGUCAUUUACAUACUAUGGAAUUCAUACUAUAAUUUAAUCUAGGGGAGCAGGUGAGGUUCACAGCAUGAGACAGAGUACUGUCAGCAGAGUCAUUUUGGUAGACAUGUUUUGUUUUGUCUCUGGUCUCUUCUUGUGGAGGAUGAUAUAAUAGAAAACAUACAUUCUGAUAUUGAACUUGACUUAGCAAUAUUUGGAUAACUUAGAAAAUACUACAUUUUGUUUCAAUUAUUUUUAACACAACUGCAUUUUUAAAAAUGGACUUCAUACAUUUAAAUGUAGUUUCAGACCAGCUUGCUAGAUAAAAUUAUCACGGACAGGUGAGCCACAGCAUAAAUUCCAAACGUGGCAGAAAUGGAAACUACCUAUCAAACGAGAAUGGAUUAGAUAUUCAUGAGCUUGAUGCUAUUUCCCAAGCCUCCAUGGAUUCACUCCACUUUAAGUAACUCUCGAGUCCUACUCUUCCACUGCAAGCACUGCUGGUACGUAAGCCUGUAGGUUUCUGGCUAUAAUCCUAUUUUUGAAUACAGCACUUUCACCAUGUGCAGCAGCAUCCACUGCAAAGUUCUAGAUCAAGGGACAGAGGUGACAUGUUCCUGUCAGUGUGAAACAUAAAAACAAAUGAAAUAGAAAUUAGCCUUUGUGAAUUCAUCAAUCUAAACCCCAUUAUAUAAUAAUCUAGGUUUUUAUUAAUAUAUCUUAUAUGAAGUAUCACAUAAUAUUUAUAUAAUAGCCAAACCAUGAAUUUUUUUUGUUCCUUUUGUUUCUAAAUAUGUUGUUUCUGGAGCCUGAAUUAAUAAAAUAUCAGAGCACACAUUUUUCAGGCAAUGAUGGUUUUAAAUGGUGACAAUGUGAACAACUUCAGUUUUUAUUUGACUCUCAUAACGCAAGUUUUACUGUUAAGUAAGAGUUGUGAAUUAGAUUAAGAACCUGAUGCAUAAAGUUCUAAGUGAACUUAAGAGCAAGUUUGAAAUGCACAAGAGCUAGUAACAACACUAAGGUACAUAGACCUGUCUUUUAGGGGCAUACGCGUCCUCUGGAAGCACACGGAACAGGCUUCCUUCUUAGCACACCAGCACCAGGGGCACAUGUGCUAAGGGAAGGCCGUCCUGAUGCUUCAGGAUCCAGAAUCACUUCAGUCUGUGCCAUUCCCGGCAUUGUGGCUCUCAGAGUAUUAGCAGUUCCACCUCUUGGCACUUACUGCUUUUGCUCUAAGUUGGAGUGAGAAUGCUGGUUUAUAAGAUUACUAGAUUUGUACAAUAUUUAAGAUUCAAUAAAU